AGGAAGGUCGCAGCGCGUUCGGACGCUUAGUCAACCUGGUGGCGCCGAGGGACCAACUGCCGGCGGCGAAGAAACUACCUGCGGCCUAACGGAGGAAAGAAAAGAGGAGAGAGCCGAGGGACUCGAGUAGUCAAGCCGAGGCGACUUAGUGACGAGUGUUUUCCCGGAGCCGGGUGUUCGGUGCACGCGUAGGUGUCUCGGGUGCGCGCCGAGUGUUCUUUGAGGCCUCGUAACAGGUGGGAGACCGAGACGCGGCGCGAUGGUGGCCAAGGACCCGAAGAUGGUUACCGCGAUGGAGUUGAUGAACCCGUACGAGAAACCGCCCAGCAUGUCGGCCAGCCAGACCAUGAGGACUUUCCUGUACAAUCGUGAGACCGGCGCGUUCAUGGGCAGGACCGCCAGUAGCUGGGGUAAAAUUGGACUUUUUUACUUGAUAUUCUAUGGAGUCCUGGCGGCACUCGUCGCUAUCUGCUUCUGGGGAUUCUUUCAAACUCUCGAUCCGAGAAUACCAAGGUGGCAGCUUGAGAGAUCCAUCAUUGGAACAAAUCCAGGAUUAGGAUUCAGGCCGAUGCCACCGACAGAGAAUGUGGAAAGCACUUUGAUUUGGUACAGGGGCACCGACAGCGAAAACUUCAAGCACUGGGUUGAUUCACUACAAACCUUUUUAAAAGAUUAUAUCACACCUGGGUCUGUUCUUGGUCUUGGUGCUAACAUUAACAAAUGCGAUUACAAUCAGCCACCGCCGCCCGGGAAAGUUUGCGAUGUUGAUGUGAAGAAUUGGCAUCCUUGCACCAAGGAGAACAGAUAUAAUUAUCAUAAAUCCGCUCCCUGCAUUUUUCUAAAAUUGAACAAGAUUUAUGGCUGGAGGCCAGACUUUUACAACGAUACUGAGAAUUUACCGACGAAGAUGCCACUCGACCUUAAAGAGCACAUCGCAAGUCUGAAAGGGAACAACUCCCUGCAGCUGAACACAAUUUGGGUAUCCUGCGAAGGUGAGAAUCCUGCUGACCAGGAGAACAUCGGACCGAUCAAUUACUUGCCACGACGCGGUUUCCCCGGUUACUUUUAUCCCUAUGAAAAUUCCGAGGGUUACUUGAGUCCGCUGGUUGCAGUGCAUUUCGUCAGACCACGAACUGGAAUCCUGAUAAACGUGGAAUGCAAAGCAUGGGCCAAAAACAUUAAGCACAGUCGUACCGACAAGAUCGGCGCGGUCCACUUCGAACUGAUGAUAGAUUAACAAAAUCUGCAAAUAGCCAGCGAGUUUCCGUGUGGCCUUCUAAACCAAAACCAACGAGUUCCUUUAAGGUUCUCGAGAUAGCCAUUAUAGGCGAAUUUUUACUUUUCAAAUAAUUAAAUCGCGAAGUGGACAUGCAUCUCUCUGAAGUCGAGGGCGUAUUCACUCUCCGGACGACAUUAAUCGAGUACAAAACAAAAAGGACUCUUACGACCGACGUUCCUGAAAUUAAAAACUGGAUUAUACAUGCGCCGAGGUGAAAAUUGCACGCCUUUAAAAGUGCAUUUGCGUAAAGUGGACGGAAAUAUCGACGAGAAUAUAAUGGUAUAGAAAACAGUACCGCUAUUCUCAUCAAUAUUCACUGCGUUUAUAAACAAGUUCUCUUUCAAGAAUUUAACAUUCGGUUUUUCGUGCAAUCAAAAGCUCCGGGAACAAAUGGAACGAUGGAAUCUCAAGGAAUCAAGUAUUUUAUGUGCCUUUUGUCGCUUGUGAGCGCAAUUUAUUUGUAAAAAUCGACCAAGAUCUAAUGUAAAGAAGAAUCUCAUCGGAAAAUAUUUAAUACUCAUGUAUAUUAGCUGAGUAGAUUUUUUAUAAUCAGAGAUGUGUGAUUUUUGAGACUUUUUUAAUGUUCAAAUGAGAGAUCAAUGAAUAGAUCAAUGAAUAGAAAUCAAUGUACUCAGGUAACGUCAUAUUUUUUUAUCUUAUUGGAACGUCAAUAGCUUUGUCAAAUAGGAAAUAAUAAUCGUGAAAUAGAUAAUAAGCAUGAAACUUUCGUAAAUGAGGAGUUUGAAGCAAAAAUGGCAAAUAUGUUAAGUACAGGAAUAAUUAACAAAUUGUCUUAAUAUUACGCAAUGUUGUGUCAGUAUUGAAACAUAUAUAUCAUAAAACAAUACUAAACUAAACGAUUUUAAUCUUGAUUUCGUCAUAUGUCAAUAUUAUGCAUUUAGUUUAAAAAAUGUUGACGCUAAUAUAUUCCAUUUUUAUUCUUAUUUCCUCGCGUGAAGUUUCUACAAUAAUUUCGAAUGUCAUCUUGUGUUGUAAAAAUCAAUUUAGAGAUAAGUAUUUUUUUCUCUUAAAACAAAUAGUGUUCAUAGGUUUGAGAUAAAUAUAGAAAUAAAAGACUAUGUAAAGGCUUAAUCCAAUAAACAUGUAUUAAGCCAGCUUAAUGACAGAUUAGUGAUUAGGAAAUGCACGAUAUUUUUCUAUUGGAUUUAAAAUUAUCGAUAUCAUUUUAUUUGUUCGUCUUAUCACAUAUUUUAUAACUUACAAUUCGAAAAAGCGUUUUAAAGUAUUUUAAACGGCAGCUGAUAAGUGUCAAUUUUUUCUCGGUGCAAUUAGUAUACAGCGAGCAAUUUAUGCGAAGCAUUGUAAUUAAAUCGUAAUUAAGUUUUAAUUAUUUAAGCGCAGCUUUUAGUUAAUGACGGUCUUUCUGAUGUAGAAGGGACCGUAAAUUCUUGCUGCUUGAUUCAUUCCACAUAUUGAUUCAGUUCGAUUAAUUACUUUAAAUGUAAGGAAAAAUAAUUUAUCUGACUUUGCGAGAGUUGAUCGAAAAAUAAAGUUCUCAAAAUUG